UGCAAAGAUAACGGGCUGCGAUCUCAUGUAUUAUUACAGUAUUGUUUUAGCCUACACGGUUGAUAAUAAGGUCAACUGAUGACUUAUGUUGAUGUUUUUUCGUUGCAUUUCCAGCGCGCCCUCCUCCCGAGUCCAUGCAUGACGCUACAAGUUAAUUCUGGGGUUUGAGUUUCUUUUCCUCUCGAUUUCGUGUGAAGGAGGGCUCGCAGCUGAGCCCGCCCUCUCGGUUUCUCAGUCUGUGCUUGCCCCAUGUAAUGCACUUGAAGAAAAAACCUAAAUGAAACGCGGAAUAGUCCAUCAGAGCGCCCUGCGGGACUGACGCGGAGGGAGCUGCUCCAGCAAUGAUCAUCUAACCGAACGGAGAAUAUCUGCAGCUUCACCCAUGCAUUCCUUCGAGGAUUUCCGUAGUGAGACCGGGCUGUAAGUGUCUCUCUCUCUGACGCAGAAGCAGGGGGUUUGAAGGCCGGGUCCAGCUGCGGUGAAGUCUCCCGAAUCUCAGCAUGCAGGAUGCGGCUGCGUCCGCGCCGAGCCUUCGGCCGCCGGCUGAACGCGCGGUCGGCGUGCUGUGCUCGUUUGGGAAAUACCUGGGCGCCCUGCUGCCGGUCUACCUGGCCGGCUAUUACGGCUUCAGCAUCGCCGUCGUGUUGCUCGCGCUGAUGGUCUACAUGGGAUGGAAACACAGCCGACUGGAGAAAGUGAUGCGGCUCAAGUCUGCCAUGUACCUCCUGGACAACGAGCGUGAAUUCACCACGGACAGGGUUUUCAGAGCCAAGAGGGAUUUGCCCCCCUGGACAAUUCAUCCACAGAUCAACUUUCCAGAUGUGGAAAAAGUGGAGUGGCUGAAUAAGAUCCUGCAGCAGGCUUGGCCCUUUGUAGGUCAGUAUCUGGAGAAAUUACUGGUGGAAACCAUCGCUCCCGCCAUCCGAGCUUCCAGCAUUCAUCUGCAGACUCUCAGCUUCACCAAGGUCAACCUAGGAGACAAGGCUGUGAAGGUGUCUGGUGUAAAGGCUCACACAGAACACGAUAAGAGACAAGUAAUGCUGGAUUUGUACCUGAGUUAUGCUGGGGAUGUGGAAAUAAAUGUUGAAAUCAAGAAGUAUUUCUGCAAAGCCGGGGUGAAAGGAGUCCAGCUUCAUGGAAAGCUGCGUGUGAUUCUGGAGCCGCUGAUUGGAGACGUGCCACUGAUUGGAGCCAUUACGAUGUUCUUCAUCCGAAGGCCUAAACUAGACAUCAACUGGACUGGACUAACCAACCUGCUGGACAUACCCGGACUGAAUGCCAUGUCGGACACUAUGAUAAUGGAUGCAAUAGCCUCGUACCUGGUGCUUCCCAAUCGCCUCACUGUUCCUCUGGUAGCUGACCUUCACGUGGCGCAGCUCCGCUCCCCUCUCCCAAGGGGAGUCGUUCGCAUCCACCUGCUGGAGGCUGAGGACUUGACGGCCAAGGACACGGUGAUCAAGGGCCUGAUCGAUGGGAAGUCAGACCCAUAUGCCGUGCUGCGCGUUGGAACCCAGAUCUUCACUUCUCAUCACGUGGACAGCAACCUGAACCCACAGUGGAGAGAGAUGUAUGAGGUGAUUGUCCAUGAAGUACCUGGUCAGGAGUUGGAAGUGGAAGUGUUUGACAAAGACCCAGACCAGGAUGACUUCCUGGGCAGGGUAAAGAUGGAUCUGGAUAUUGUGAAGAAAGCAAGAAUUGUGGAUGAUUGGUUUAAUCUGGUGGACGUCCCGUCUGGCAGUGUUCACCUGCGACUGGAAUGGCUCUCUCUGCUGUCCUCUGCUGACAGGCUGACGGAGGUGAUUCAGAAGAAUCAGAAUUUGACCUCAAAGACAGCUGAUCCUCCAUCUGCAGCCAUCCUUGCCAUCUACCUUGACCAAGCCUAUGCGCUGCCUAUGAGGAAAGGAAACAAGAACCCAAGCCCAGUGGUGCAGAUUUCCAUUCAAGACACAACCAAGGAGAGCAAGACCUGCUAUGGGACCGUCAACCCUGCCUGGGAGGAUGCUUUCACCUUCUUCAUUCAGGAUCCUCGCAAACAAGACAUUGACAUUCAGGUGAAGGAUGACGACCGUGCCAUGUCUUUGGGAAAUCUGAUGAUCCCUCUGAACCGUCUCCUAGAGACCUCUGAACUCACAUUGGACCAGUGGUUUCAGCUGGAGAAUUCUGGCUCGGCCAGCCGCAUCUACAUUAAAUUUGUGCUUAGGGUUUUGUGGCUGAGUGAGGAUGCCACUCCCACAACUCCGUCUCCUCGACCUUUAGGCCCCGGGUCCGGCAUGGGCCAGGGUGGAAUCACGUCGGAGCUGAACCCUCAGGGGCCUGGCGGGUUAGGCAAGCCUCAGCCCACAGAGCCACAGCACACCACACCCGACCCAGAGUUCGCCACUGAGGGAGUGCUCCGAAUCCAUCUGAUGGAGGCCCAAAACUUGAUAGCCAAGGACAACUUUAUGGGGGGCAUGGUGAAGGGAAAGAGCGACCCCUACGUCAAGAUCCGGGUCGCUGGCAUUACUUUCCGGAGCCACACCAUCAAGGAGAACCUCAAUCCUGUCUGGAAUGAACUCUAUGAGGUGAUUUUGACCCAGCUUCCAGGUCAAGAGGUCCAAUUUGAGCUCUUUGAUAAGGACAUUGAUCAGGAUGAUUUUCUUGGAAGGUUCAAGCUCAAUCUACGAGACAUCAUCAGCUCACAAUUCAUUGAUACGUGGUACACUCUUAAUGAUGUGAAGUCGGGUCGAGUUCACCUGGUGAUGGAGUGGCUGCCCAAGGUCUCCGACCUACCCAGACUGGAGCAGGUCCUGCAGUAUCAGUCCCAGCAGUCGUACCAAAACAAGGUUGUGCCAUCAGCAGCUGUGCUGUUUGUGUAUGUGGAGCGUGCACACGGCCUGCCAUUGAAAAAGAAUGGAAAGGAGCCAAAGGUUGGAGCUGAGAUUACACUUAAGACUGUUUCCUACAAAACCAAGAUUUGUGAGCGAUCCACAUCUCCUCGCUGGGAUGAAGCCUUUCAUUUUUUGGUUCGUGACCCUAGAGACGAAACACUGACUGUCAAGCUGUCCCACAGCUGGGGCCAGGCUCUUGGGUCCUUGACGCUUCCUCUGAGAGACGUGUUCCCUGAGCCGGGGUUGGUCCUGGACCGCUGGCUCAGUCUGGACGGAGCUCUGCCAGAGAGCCAGAUACUACUGAGGGCCACACUCAAGAUCUUGGACACUCAGUUAGCAGUGUGCCGUAGCAGUCCAGGUGGGAACGCCGGUGGAGUUGAAACCAUCCCCAAAUGGGAUCCUUCCCACCUAGACCUCAGACACAGAAGUGGAUUCUUGAGCAUCGGUGACAACGCCAACACUGACGGACAGGUGAAGCUUACAAUCGGCUACUCCACUGAGGAAAACAGGCUUUUCAUCACCGUUCACGCCUGCAGAGCCCUCACAUCCUGCUCCAAGGAUGGCGCCGACCCAUAUGUGUCCUUCAUCCUGCUGCCCGACAAGAAGGCAACCACCAAGAGAAGGACCGCCACCAAGAAGAGAGACCUCAACCCAGAAUUCAACGAGAGGUUUGACUUUGAUUUUACUCUGGAGGAGUCCACGCAGAGAAGACUGGACCUUUCUGUGAAGAACAGCGUCUCCUUCAUGAGCAGAGAGAGGGAGCUCAUCGGCAAGUUGCAGCUGGACCUGGACCAAAUUGACCUCAAGACUGGUGUCACUCAGUGGUACGAUUUGGUAGCUGAGACCAACUAGAAGAAGUUCGACGUUCCGUAUUACGUAAAACAUAAACGCUGCAUCGCUUCUGUGAUCUGUGAAUCGUGUUUGUAUAUUUAGCUUAAAUCAACGUUUCCACAUUCACUGAAGGAAGAAAAAACCUUUCUGGUCCACAAUAACACAGAUCAUCAGUAUUUAUGAGAAAAUAAACUUUAUGUAGCUCAUCAUUCGUAAACUGUUACUGUAACUGUACGAAAUCUAUAGUAGUUUGGCUGACUAGAUAUUUGACAAUAAUGCAACUUUGUUGCACAACAAACUAAGUAUGUGUUUUAGAGCAUGUGGAGGUCCUUAGUGGAUUUUAUUUAAAAUCACAAAAAAGGGCUCAUGCUGUGGUCAGUAUCCGGAAAUUUGACUGUGUUUUAUGGAUUUAAAGCACCCAACACAACUGAAAAAGAUUUCUUUGAUUUUUAUUUUUCCAGACUCUUAAGAUUCCCAAUAUGACUUUGUUUAUAUACGUUUAUAUUAUUGCCUUAACUACAACAAAACUGUGCACAAUUUGUCAGUGUUUCUGAAAUAUGUUCCAGAUGAAGUUUUAUAUGUACCGAAAGUUACUUUUAUAAAUCAAAGUAUUACAAAAGCUGAAACCAUAGGUAUGAUACUGCAGGUGGGGGUCAACAUCACUGUGCUUUUAUGAAGAUGAAACUUUGUAGAUACACGUCGCUGCGUGACAGCAACCAAAGCUUCUUUGUGUUUCCAAGUGUUUGUUGAGCUGAACCUCUCAGUAGUCUCUAUUUAUUUCUCAAGCAAAGAGGUUUUUCCAGCAUGAGCAGCAUGUUAAUAUUCACCACCCACUUCGACGCAAAGGUGUGGAAGCUCAUUUGCUGUAAUGGAAAGAAAAGUGUGUUGACACAACUGAGGAGCUGUGCUUUGACAUACUUUUUACAUAUCAUUGUGUACCUGCUGAAGUUGUUUAUUAAAGUUUGCACUCUCAUC